AUGCUGCUGACGUUUCUAGAGAAGCUACCACUAAGCCAGGGCGGUAAGGUGUUUGUUGGUACAUCCAUCUGCUUAGCCAUUUGCGCCUACCCUGUCCUACGAAAACAGCAAAAGGCCGGCCACGAUCUUUUCUCAUCUGAGCGACCGCAAGAUAUUGUAGACCAGGAGGUCAACGCGCGGCGCGAGAAGCUUAAUAUUGAGUAA